CAGAUCAGCCAAACUUUAAGUUUCUUUAUAUGUGAGAUAUCGCAGUGAGUGUCAUACAUAUGAUGAACGAUUACUUUGACCUUUUAAAGUCUUGAGAAACUGUUCGUUGUUACCAUGUCGGAUAACCCAGCAGCAACAGAAGUGCAACAGUAUACCCGGCAUACAAUUGGUCGCCGGAAACGCAGAGCUCGCAGAGCAUGCCUAACUUGCAGAUCUCGAAAGGUCCGAUGCGAUGUUAUGCAAAAGUCACCUUGCAGUAACUGUCAAUGGAGCUCGUGCGAGUGUGUAGUGAUAGGACCUCGUCGAUCACCUUGCAAGAAGAACAAAUUAGACAAUAAAGCUUCCAAGCAUCCCAAAAAGGAAGAAGUCCCCGUUGAGGCCACACGCGAUAUUUUAAGCUAUCCAUACUCUCCAACGUCGUCGGAUAUCGAGGUCAAGGACGAAGAGUCCAGAGUCUUUGAGGGAUCAUACCCUCCUAUAGACUAUACUCAUUCACCCUUGACACCUAUUUCGCAACUUGAAGACGAGUACUGUUUCGGCUCGCAAUACGCUAGCAGCCACGCAGGUCAAACUUCCCGUAUUGCUUGGAAUAACCCAAGCGCAACUUCUCUAUCAUCUCCCGCCUCGUCUGAAAUAACAAAGGAACAAGAGUCGGACCCCAUCAUAUGGUAUGCUGGCGAGGGAAUAGAUGACGAUUUAAUAGGCAGUCUGCUGGCACUUCCAUUUGACAAUCUGAGACACAUUUGAUGGCCUCGUUAUUGAGAAACUCAAUAAACACGGACCGAAGCCCGAGACGGGACCGACACUAAUUACCACGCCCGACAAAAGAAUUUUUAACUAUAUGCGGCCGUCAUGCUAUAUGACAUUGCUCGGACUCUGAUCUCGCCCUGAAACAUUCCGGUCUAUUGCCAUAAUUACAGGUUAGGCAGCGUCAGCCAUGCUGAGGUCUAAUCGCGGCUAAUGACCCCCGGGCCCACCAAGAACUUUUACCCCAAAUUUUGGCAAACAUUCAGUGCCAAGCUGGCGCACGUGGAUCUACAAGCAUUGCAAGUGGGGAAUGCAAAAAAUCGGGUUUCUGCCGAGACUGUCAUCAUUUUGACUGCGCAUUGAUGGAAUAAGGCUGGGCGAAAGGCACGUCAAUACAAUAAUACAGCGCGUCAAUGACAUUUGAGCGCGCAUGGGGUCAAGGAAGUCAGGCAAUUACAGAAAUGCUACAGUAGCCACAACGCUUGUAUUGAGUGUUUUUAUAGUAAAACUAGAGACCAGUACACCAGGCCAAAUGAAUCGAAAAGCCAAGACGCCGUCACCCACGGGUAUUGUCCGUUAUUAUUCCCCCAUCAGGCAUGAAGCUUUUACAGCAUCAUGACACCAGCAAGACCGGCGACAGCGAGGACGGCAACAGCCUUGAUGGAGUUGACGCCAGCAGCGUUACCCUUGUCGGCGGUGGAGCUAGAAGCAGCAGCGUCGCUGGACUGAGAAGCAUCGCCACUGGAAGAAGAAGAACCAGUCUCCUUGGCCCAAGUGACCUUGUCACAAAUAGUGGCAGACUCCUUGAGGGAGGCGAUGCGAGAGCUGACCUCAGGGACGUCGCUGCAGGCAUCGAGGAGAGAGGAGAUGCCAUCCUUCUGGUCGAUGUACCAAGAGCUGAGCUUGGAAGCGUAGGAGGUGUACUCCUUGGCCAUGGAGCCGGUGACGGCGGGGAGGACACAAGCAUCGGUCAUGGUCAUGAGAUCGGUCUGCUUGGCGAGGAAGCUGGCGAGCGAAGAGUCGGGAGUAGGGAUGGCGGUGAGGUCAGGGAGGAUGCUUGAGGCGACGGAAGCGCACUCCUUAGCAUCGCGCUUCUCGAGGCGCUCGAGAGCAGGGUGGGAGGCAGCGACGACGGUCGCGCCGACAGUGAGGAUGAUGGCAGAAAGCAUUGUGAUUGAAGGUAUGGGUAUUAUUAAAAAGUGUUGGUGUUGGUUGUUGAAGCGGAGAAAGAAAACGAGCGGAUAGCUAUUAGCGAGAGUUUACUCAAAACAGAUGGGAUGCGAGAACCAACAGAAGGAAUCCGAGGGCUUUGUAUUUAAGAUUGUCUCGACGAGUCACGAUUGUGGCG